UUUCAAUAUGGAUACGAGUAUUUAGGCUGUUCACCAAGAUUAGUUAUUACACCAUUAACAGAUAGAUGUUACUUAACAUUAACUGGUGCUUUACAUCUUCAUCUUGGUGGUUCACCAGCUGGUCCUGCUGGUACUGGUAAAACAGAAACAGUUAAAGAUCUGGCCAAGGCUAUGGGAAAACAAUGUGUUGUAUUUAAUUGUUCUGAAGGUUUAGAUUAUAAGAUGUUAGGAAAGUUUUUCUCAGGGUUAGCUCAAUCUGGUAGUUGGUGUUGUUUUGAUGAAUUUAAUCGUAUUGAUGUAGAAGUUCUAUCAGUCGUAGCUCAACAGAUUCAUACUAUUAAAGCUGCUAAAGACACCCAAUCAUUACGCUUUAUGUUUGAAAGUCGUGAUAUUAAACUCAAUAUGAGUUGUGGAUACUUCAUCACCAUGAAUCCAACAUAUGCUGGUCGAGUAGAUCUACCAGAUAAUUUGAAAUCAUUAUUCCGUCCAGUAGCUAUGAUGGUACCAGAUUAUGCCUUGAUUGCUGAAAUCAUCCUAUUUUCUGAAGGUUUCCGUGAUGCCAAAUCUUUAUCCCAGAAAAUAGUCAAUCUAUAUCAGUUGGCCAGUAAACAACUUUCACAACAAGAUCAUUAUGAUUUCGGCAUGAGAGCUAUAAAAUCAGUUUUAGUAAUGGCUGGCCAUGGCAGACGUCAUGCUCAACAGAGGCCUGAUGGUACAGUAAAACCAUUAAAAGAUGAAGAAGAAUCCCAUAUAAUGAUUCAUUCAUUGCGUGAUGCCAAUUUACCCAAGUUUUUAGCAGAAGAUGUUCCACUAUUUGAGAGUAUUUUAGCUGAUUUAUUUCCAGGAAUUGUACCACCUUCUCCUGAUCAGGGUGUUCUUGAGGUAAAUUUUAAUUUGACAUCUUGA